AUGGGAGAUUUUGAAUUCCCUGCAACUUUGGGUGAUUUUAAGGGAGAAGAUUAAACAAAGAAUAAGACAGCAGCAUAAAUCUACAAAUACUUAACAACAGUGAGUACUAAUCUAAUAGAUGAACCAGAGAAAUUAAAUGAAUGUACAACAUGGCUAGAUUUUGUAUAUUUUUCAAUAAAGAAUGGAAAUAGUAGUUAAUAGAUAAAUAAUGUCAUAUCUGAUAUAUUAAAGAAUUAAUUAGAUAAAGCAUAUUUAGGAACUCUGAAAUUGGGAUCUGAAAGAAUAACAGUGUUUUUAGCAAGUUGUUAUUUAUGUUGGCAUAAUUAGAUAGAAUAAUAAGAACAUAUAAAAGUAUUGAAGAGUUUUGUAAAAUAUAUAAAGACAAGUAAAUUAAUACAGGAAUGUUUUUCUAUGAUAAUGUCUGUGGCAACAUCAAAUUGUAGUAGUGUGAUAGCACAUUAAAUAGUAGCAUUUCUAUUGAGUUAGAAUAAUGAGCAUUAUUUUAAUAAUUUAGUAGUAGCUUUUUCAGCUCAGAAUAUAAAUUGUGUACCUUUAUUGAGAAGACUCAAUAGAUAGAAAUUAGAAAAUGAAGAUGAAGAUACUCAAAUGAGAUUUUAAGAAUUAUUACCAACAUCCAAUUCAACAUUUAUUGAAUGUGUUAUUUUAGAAUAUUUAACAACUAUUAAACCAUUAUAUGCAAAAACAAGUAGAGAAGUAUUACUUUAGAUGGUAAAAUAUUUACCAGACUUUUUUACAUAAAACAACAUUUUGCACACAUUGUUAAAAUUAUAUGAUAAAGAAUAAUGGAUGAUAAGAAAUACAGUAACAAUGACAUUAGGUGAGUUAUUAUGUUAAUCAGUAUUUAUGGAAGAAGUGGAAGAGAAACUAUUAUAAUUAUUAUUAUUAAGAACACAUGAUUCACAUGUACAUGGAAGAUCAUGUGUAUUAUAUUAAUUAAAGGAAUUAGUAAGUUCUAGAUCAGUUAAAUUAAAUGCUGAAAUUCUCUUUAAAGCUGUUGAAAGAUUAAAAGAUAAAAGUAGUUCUGCUAGAAGAGCUGCCAUUUCUUUAUUAGAUUCAAUUAUUAAAGCUUAUUCUAAAUAGUAUGGAAUUAUGACAUUUAAAUCAUCCUAAUUAGAAAAAAAUAGAAAAUUAUUAGAAUUAGAGAAAUAGAAACUUAUUGAAGAUUGUUAAAAUCUAUAAGAAUAAUUGAAUAAGAAUCAAAUUGAUAUCAAAUAUUAUUUAGAUAAUUUAGAAUCUUAAUUAAAUUCUUGUAGAGAUAGAGAAUAAAAGUUAAAAUCUUAAUAAGUAUUUUAGAAUCAAAUAUAAAUAGCAAUGCCUGAUCUUAUUAAAAUUGCACUUAGCAAUAUACAUACAGAAAGUAAAUGUGUUUUAUAAGUGUUUACUACUUUAAUGAUUAAUCAUUAAGAAGGUAUGAUUGAAUAUGUUAAACAAAUCUUAGUUUUAGUUUAUCAAACAGAAUUAUAAGAAGAUUUAAAUAAACUUAUAUUUAAUUCAUUUGUAAGAAGUUAUUCAAAGUUAAUUAAACUUAUAGAAAUUUGUGACAUGUUAGAGAUAACUUGUUUAGAAUAACUAUUCAAAUCAUUCAAAUCAAAAAAUCUUCAAUUAAAAACUGCUGAUGUUUGGGAUAAAGCAUGGGAUUAUUUAAAAUAAUCUAAAUAUAUCCUUCCUAAUCUAAGAUUAAUCAGAUUUAUAGGAAUUAUGGAUGAUACUCAAUUAUAUGAUAAAUUAUGUUAUUUACUCAGACAUUUAAGAGAUACAAAAUAAUUUAGUGAAAUUACCGAAAUCAUAUUAAUAAUUUAAGAAAUACCUAUGGAAGAUGUUCAUUAAAUUUAUAUUAAGGAAAUAAUUAAAUCAUUAUAAAAUUAUGAUGGUAGUGAUUUAGAAUGGUUUAGAGCAUGUGAUACAUUUAUUAGAUUUACAGUUGAAAAGAUUUAAAAACCAGAAAUUACCUUAUUGGAAUUUCUAAAUUCUAUUCCUAUAGCUAAUAUUCCUCAAUUAAUGUUCGCUAGUAGUACUAUUGGUUUAAAAUUGUAUGUCUAUAGUGAAAAAAUGAUUAAAUAAUACAGAAAAGAAAAGACUCAACCAUUAGAUGAAUUGGAUCAAAUGGAUAAUAGUAUACAAGAACAUAUGGAUGGAAAAAUUAAAGAAUUGUAGGAUUUGUUUGAAAAGAUGGGAGACUUAAGUGAAUAUAGUUCUAGUGCUGAAGCUAUUUGUAAAAAUAUGAUCACUGAUUCAUAUAAAGAAAGAAAUCUUAUGAUUGAUCAAAUUAGUGUUAUGUCUCUAUUGUAAUUUAUGAUCAUAUCUAAAUCUUGCACACUUAGAAAUAUCAAUACUAUUAUGGAAAUAUUAGAUUGUUAAUAAGUUUAAUCUAUUAUUAAAUGCAAUAUAAUAACGAUGCUUAGUGAUAUAUAUUAUAGAUACUCGGAUCUCAUUGAUAUUAAUAAAGUAUUAUAAAAAAUGGAUGACAAGGUAUUAAAAGUUAGAAGAACUGCUAUUAUUAUUGUAUCACAUUUAAUGCUUAUGGAAUUACUUAGAAUUGAUGCUGCUUAAAUUGCUAAGCAUAUUAAUGAUUAAGAUUAAACUAUUAAAAAACAUGCUAAAAUCUUUUUUGUUGAAUUAUACAAAAAGGAUAGUUAGAAAUUUUAUUAAGUAUUACCUGAUUUAAUUACAUCUAUGGCACAUAAUUAUUAAGUUUCAGAAGAAGAUUUCAAAGUCUUUGCUAAAGAAAUCAUUCCUUUAAUUUAAAAAGAUAAACUUCAGGAAUAAAUCCUUGAAAAAUUCUUAAAUAGAUUUGAUAUCUUUGAUAGAGAAGCUUCUCUUAAAAAUAGAAGUAUUAUGCAAAGAGUUUAAGAGGCAAAAGAAGAUAUUAUACCUUUUAAUCCUGUAUAAUUAACUGCUGAAAGAGAAUGUGUCUAUUUAUCUUAUUGUUUACUCUACCUUAAAUUUCAUCUUGAAAAUCUCAGAUUAUUGGUUACCAACUUUCCUUAAUAUAAAAAAAUACUCAAAAAUCCUAUCAUUUUAGAAUAAUUUAAAUAAAUUUAUUAAAAGUGUAGAAAAGCUGCAUCAUCUUGUAAAAUGAAUGCUAGAAAAACUGAAGCAAUUCAAUAAUCACAUGAAUUCUCUUAACUAUUGACCAUUUUUAAAACUAACUUAGAUUCUGUAGAUCCACAAUUAGAAAAAAUUCAUAUUCAAUCACAAAAUCAUCAAUAACCCAAUUAAUAAUAAACUAAUAAACCAAAAAAGAUUCAAACCCAAUAUAGACCACCUAAAAAGAACACUAAAUAAUAAAUAAGGAUUCCUGAUUCUGAUGAUAGUAGUAGUAUGGAAUUAGAAUAUUGA